AUGAACCAAUCCAACAUCAGCUCACAAGUCAAAGCCAGCUUGGUAGAGAAACCCUGGUUCGGCUUCGACCUCGACGACACCCUCCACGAAUUCCGCCGCGCCUCCUCCGCCGCCACGACAAAGACGCUCGAAGCCAUCUCCAACAAACACGGGACUCCCGUUGAUGAGUUGAAGGAGGCGUACGGCCACGUCCUCCGCGCCAAGACGGCUGGUGCUUUUUCCGACGGUAAGACGUCGUUUGCGUAUCGACGGGAACGGUUCUCUUCGGUGCUGGACCGGUUUGGUUUACCCAGCGACGAUGCGGCGUUUUUGGAUGUGUUGUUGGAUGUGACGGCGCGGAAGCGUUACUGA